AUGAGGCAAUUAAUAUCUAUCUCAUUCUAUUCAUAUCUAUCUAUCUAUCUAUCUAUCUAUCUAUUUAUCCCAACUAUUAAUAUCUAUCUCAUUCUAUUCACAUCUAUCUAUCUAUCUAUCUACCUAUCUAUCUAUCUCAGACUAUUAAUAUCUAUCUAUCUCAGACUAUUAAUAUUUAUCUUAUUCUAUUCAUAUCUAUCUAUCUAUCUAUCUAUCUAUCUAUCUAUCUAUCUAUCUCAGACUAUUAAUAUCUAUCUCAUUCUAUUCAUAUCUAUCUAUCUAUCUAUCUAUCUAUCUAUCUAUCUAUCUCAGACUAUUAAUAUCUCUCUCAUUCUAUUCAUAUCUAUCUAUCUAUCUAUCUAUCUAUCUAUCUAUCUAUCUAUCUAUCUAUCUAUCUAUCUAUCUCAGACUAUUAAUAUCUCUCUCAUUCUAUUCAUAUCUAUCUAUCUAUCUAUCUAUCUAUCUAUCCUAACCACAUCACGAGGAUACUCCGAGAGCAGAUCUGGAAGCCUCUCCAAGUCCAGAUCCUGCGGACUUUCCAAGAUCAGAUCACAGGGACUCUUAAAGACCGGAUCACGAGGACACUCCGAGACCAGAUCGAAAACCUCUCCAAGUCCAGAUCCUGAGGAUUUUCCAAGACCAGAUCAUGAUGUCACUCCAAGACAACAUCUCGAUGCCUACAUCUAUAAAUGA